UAUGGAAUCCCCCUUUGCCGCAAUAAGCAAACUCAUACAAAACAAUGUCGCUGGGCAAGAAGCACGUGUUGGGAUUCUCGCCCAAUGGUGGCCAAUUGUUUGCCUCGGUGGACGAGCUGGGCGUACUGCGGAUAUGGAACACGGAGACGAAUACACUGAAGCAGGAGUUUACGCCAAACCUGCAGGUCUCCGGGCCGUGUACGGCACUCACGUGGGUGUCUCUCUCAGCUCCCCGCCCGAAGAAGUCUCGUAAGAGCCUCCAGAGCCAGGAGGCAACAGACAACAAACUGUACAUAGCACUGGGAACACUCAAAGGAGUCGUAGUCAUAUACUCGUUGGCUGAGGGCAAGAUCGAACGCACGCUUAGUGGGGACAACCACGAUGGAGCUGUCACUUCAAUUGCGUACGACAAUGCAGAUCACUUGUACACAGUGGGUGUCGAUUGCCGGGCACUUGUCUGGUCGCUGUCGGAGGGGCGCUGCCUCGGUGACUGGCAGGUGGGACCCGAAAAGCCCCAGAACAUCGCCUACCUCCCAAAGAGCCGCACCUUGGCUGUGGGGUCGCGUCAGCUGAAGGUCUUUGACGUGAAGACCAAGGAACUGGUGGAGACCUUCACCGGGCACUCCGGAGAAAUAAAUACCAUCAGCCAAGUCGUAUGUGCAGAUAGUUCCGAGUUCGUUCUAACCACAGCCAAGAUGGAGCGUGUAAUUUGCUUCUGGAAGGUCGAGAAGCGGGGGAAAAGCAAAGCAUCGGCAUGUACGCUUCUGAUGGAGGAUCUGGCGUACUGCUUGACCAGUGAAGUGCGCGAGGAUGGCCAGCUGCGGGUGGCCAGUGUGACUCGCAAUGGCAAUAUACACAUCUACCUGCUUAAUGUCAACAGUUUAUCUGCCGAGAAGUUCGUUAAGCCGAAAGUGUCCCUCCAAAUAGUGUCCGAUGGCGCGGAGACCGUCGAACCCAUUCUGGCAGUGGCAGCUCACUUUGUGACGGACUCCAACCGUUCCCACGAAAUCCUCUUCGGCUACGGCAGCCGCCAGCAGUUGCAGUUCGAACGGUUCACUCCCAACUAUGCCGAAAAACUGAACGUUAUUGUGCGAGCCGAUCCCAAAAAGCUGUAUGCGAAAAAGAAGGGCAAGGAGCAGAUAGGAUUCCAGGAAGCCACCAAAGUUCAGAAGCCCAUAGUGAGCCAAAAGAACGUAGAGUACAACAGCGCCCUGCCGAUCUCCCAGAAAAAGGUACAAAACGAUGUGCCCAUGGAGGCGCGGCUGCAGCACCUGCAGAUCCAGUCCACCAAGCUGAGCGGCGGCAAGUUGCAGACCCAGAGCAAGACCCAGCUGCUGAUGCAGGCACUCCACAGCAAAGACCAGGCGAUGAUUAAAGCCGUUCUGAGUACAAAUGAUGUGGAGACGAUACAAUUGACGUUGGACCGGCUACCGCUGGAGUAUGUGAGUCCUCUGGUGAACGAGCUAUCCAUUCUGUUACAAGGAAAGCAUACCAGUGUUGGCUCUGGUUUACGGUGGCUGAAAGUACUCGCCUCCACCCACACCAGUGUCCUCAUGUCCGAGGACAAGGAGGCACUGCGCGAAAAGUUGGCCGUUUGUCUUGGCGUGGCGGAGCAGCGGAUGCACUGCCUCUCAGAAGCUUUACAGAUUUCGGGAAGAGUCAACCUGAUUAUCAGUCAGAUGAAGCGCAACGCUGACAACCACUUGAACGAUAGCAAGGCUCUGAUUGUGGACGAUGAGCCAGGUGAGUUAAAAGAUGACCUAGAAGAGACCCUCGAAGACGAUAACCUGCUGAGUGAAAAUAACUGGAGCGAUCUUGAAGAGCAGCAAGUGAGUCCAGCCAGCGUUUCGGAGCAAGACGUCGAGGCAGACGACGACCUGGCCACUGACGAUGGCAAUCCGGACACAGACGACUCUGAUGAAUCGAUGGCGGAGGAGGAGUAGCCCUCCACUGUAAAUUAACAUCCAAAAUUAAACACUAUUAUUUUUGUCAAACAGAGUUUUCUACACUGAAUUCCGGUUAGUUUUUAUUUUUAAACUACGCGUGCAACAACGAAUAGAGGGAGCCAAUUAUUGGU